CCUGAGUUCAAUGGGGAGCUGGGAAUUGGUCCGGGAAAGAAAAACAAGGGCAAGCAUUUGGAGGAUUUGAGCACCUCUUCUGCCUGUGAGCGAUUGGUCACUUCCUUCCGUAAGACUGGCACCAGCAGACAUGCAGUCUCAGAGGAUCCCGGGGAGAAAGCGAGGCCGACCCCCGCUUCACUCAACACCCAUGAAGAUGGCAGUUCAUACCCUUUAUUCCGCUUCAGCUGGCUCUUUGCCAGCAGUGAAGAUCCCAAAGAAAAGAGGGCGGAAGCCUGGGUACAAGCUCAAGUCUCGGGUUCUUAUGACUCCUUUAGCCCUCUCACCUCCGCGAAGCACACCGGAGCCCGACCUCAGCUCCAUCCCUCAGGAUGCAGCCACCAUACCCAGCUUGGCGGUCCCACAGGCUCUGACAGUCUGCCUGUACGUCAACAAGCAAGCCAACACAGGGCCGUACCUGGAGAGGAGGAAGCUGCAGCAGCUCCCCGAGCGCUUUGGGCCUGAGAGGCCAUCGGCGGUCUUGCAGCAAGCCGUACAAGCGUGCAUCGACUGUGCCCACCAGCAGAAGCUGGUCUUCUCCCUGGUCAAACAGGGCUAUGGUGGCGAGAUGGUGUCAGUCUCGGCGUCCUUUGAUGGGAAACAGCACCUGCGGAGCCUGCCUGUGGUGAACAGCGUCGGCUACGUCCUCCGCUUCCUCGCCAAGCUGUGCCGAAGCCUCCUGUGUGAUGACCUCUUCAGCCACCAGCCCUUCCCUAGGGGCUCCGGUGGCUCUGAGGAAGCCCAGGACAAGAAGGAAGGCAGGAUGGAGUCAGCAAAAACAGCCACCACUGAGGAGUGCCUGGUGAACCCUGUAGGCAUGAACCGCUACAGCGUGGACCCCUCCGCCUCUGCCUUUAGCCACAGGGGCUCCUUGCCCACCUCCUCCUCGCUGUACUGCAAGAGGCAGAACUCUGGAGAUGGCCAUCUUGGGGGAGGCCUGGCCACCACUGCCAGUGGUCCCCGCUCCAGCCCCAUGUCCUCUGGAGGCCCCUUGGCACCUGGGCUGAGGCCCCCAGGCUCCAGCCCCAAGAGAAACGGGACCUCUCUUGAAGGAAACCGAUGUGCCUCGAGCCCUUCCCCCGACGGGCAGGACACCAGGCGGCCGAGGAGCAGGAACCCGUGCACCUGGACUGUGGAGGAUGUGGUCUGGUUCGUGAAAGACGCUGACCCGCAGGCUCUGGGUCCGCACGUGGAGCUCUUCAGAAAGCACGAGAUUGAUGGCAAUGCACUCUUGUUGCUGAAGAGCGAUAUGAUCAUGAAGUACUUGGGUCUGAAACUGGGACCCGCGCUGAAACUCUGCUACCAUAUUGAUAAACUGAAGCAAGCCAAAUUCUGAAGGUUUUUACAAAGAUAGAAGCAAAGUCCAGACAACAGGUCUCAAGAUCAUCUUCUGCCUUACCAACAUCCAGCACCAUCACAAAAUGGAUUCUCUCCUGAAAAAUAACAGCCACAAAGACUGGGUCUUUUUAUAAAACUUGUGCAUCUCUGCCUUUUAAAAAAAUUCAACAUGGCCCUUUUGAAAGGCUCCUCUGUGUUAAUGAUUUGCCAAAAAAAUAAUGGAAAAGCCUAUUAUUUUAGCAUUUUUAUAGGUUGGUUGCUCUGAGAAUGGGUCCUAUUUUUAUGAUGAGAGAUCAGGGAACCCAAUGCUACAGCCCACGGAGAACCUUGGAGGGUUCCAAGGAUGUGAGAAGAAAGACCUUUGUCUCUACAGGGACUCCACCAUAGCACCACCUGUCUUUAACUCUGCCCCAGGGACCUGUCAUUGUGAGCCUUGCUUAAUUCAGCUCUGGAAGCUGUCCUCCGAGGAAACACGCCUCCUCACCUUGCACUAUCUGGAAAACUUGAAUUCUUUCGCUCUCUGAAAGAGAAGAAAAAAAUCUUUUUCUAUUCCUAGUUAUCCGAAGUACUGUGUUGUCCCACUAGAGGGCAGACUGCUAAUGAAGUUUCAGGACCCUCCCAGCAGCAGCCUGCUGAUUUAGUACUUAGUGGACGGGUUAGGGUCUCUGUGAACAAGAUCUAGCGCACAGACAUGGAGAAUUUCUUCCACAGUCAGCACCACAGAUUGCAACUUGGGGAAGAAACUAUCUUCUAGAACGUUCUAGUUCAUAUCCAGUCAUUAUUGACUGACUGAGAUGCCCAAGCAGCAAAGGCAAAAAUUUGGAAGUAUGUUCUUCCCAGAUGGGGCUUUGGAGUUCCUUCCCUUUCAGAGUCCUUACUGGGGUGUUGAUGUGUUGGCACGCUGAAGAGUCUUAGUGACGUUUAGCCCAUGGGUGUUUCUUUAAAAAAAUUAGAAAAGUGUCUCAGAUAAGCUUUGAAAUGGGAGAGUGUUGAUUUCUUGUUACA